CGGGGAGAGAGACGUCCAGCGCGGCCUGUACGUCGGUGCUGUGCCCGGGAGAAACGGCUUUGGGGUCAGAGCUCGUCCUCCGGCUAUGCAGUCGACUGACAUAUUCGAAACAUCAGGAUGAAGUUAAUCUUCCUGCUAGGACUGCUGAGCUUCACAUAUGCACUUGAAGAGUCGUGUAUCGAAAGGUGUGAAAAUGGUUUUGACGCCACCAAAACUUGCCAGUGUGACUCAAUGUGCUCAUACUACCAGACCUGCUGCAAGGAUUAUGAGUCCAUUUGUCGUAUUAGAACUCGGGGAGACACCUUCCCUUCAUAUCCUGAGGAUUAUGAUGAGGACACAAACAGCACCGAGGUUCCUGUCGUGUCCAGUUUAAAGCAAACACUCCUGAUCCCUUCUUCAGAAACCUUUGCCGAAAUUUCCAGCCUGUUGACACCAACUUUACAAAGCUUAGACAAAACUGAUGCAAAUCCCACAAUCGAAGCUGCUGCAACUACACCAUUACCCGAUAGACUCAAAGACCCCAUCACCACUGCAAGGACACCCACACCUGUAGACCCCAAACCAACAAAAGCCCAAGACCCCGAUGCUGAGGUGUGCAGCGGAAGACCUUUUGACUCCUUCAUGCAGCUCAAAAAUGGCUCUAUCUUCGCCUUCAGGGGAAAAUACUUUUUUGAGCUGGAUGAGAGAUCCGUUUUGCCGGGGUACCCAAAGCUCAUCCAAGACGUCUGGGGAAUUGAAGGUCCGAUAGAUGCUGCCUUCACUCGCAUAAACUGCCAAGGAAAGACUUACAUAUUCAAAGGUAAUAAAUACUGGAGGUUUGAUGAUGGUGUUCUAGAUGAGGACUUCCCACGAGAUAUAUCUGUGGGAUUCGAAAAGAUACCAGACCACCUGGAUGCUGCCUUUGCCAUUCCUGCUCACAGCCAUCAUGGCAAAGAGAAGGUUUAUUUUUUUAAAGGAGACGAGUAUUACCAGUAUGAAUUCAAGCACCAGCCAACCCAUGAGGAGUGCUUUACAAUGUCUUUAAGAUCUCCUUCAGCUCUCUUCAGCAGAUACACUGAUAUUUACAACGACCGAUGGGUUGAACACUUCAACCAGCUUUUCGGAGGAGCUCAAAGUCACCGUGGUGGCCAUCGUUUCAUAAGCAAAGACUGGAAAGGCAUCAAAUCUCCUGUUGAUGCUGUGCUAGCUGGCAGACUCUACGUUACUCCAAGAUGGCCCAGCAGGAGGCAACAGGAUAGAAAUUACCAGAGGGGAUGGACCCAGCAGUGGGACCAGCAAUGGAACCAACAAAGGGGGCAGCAGUGGGACCAACAACGAAACCAGCAAUGGGGAUCCAGGCGAAGGCAGAAUAGAUCUCCAUACUGGGAGACCUUUGCUGAAAGGGGCAUCAACAUUGGACAGGAGAUGGCUCAGAGGUUUGGGCAGGACAGAUGGCGAGACCAGGACAGACGCAGGGACUAUUAUAACAGGCGGAAUGACAAUGAUUAUGAAUCUAGAUACAACCCUUCUGAAGAUAUAGUCUAUGACAUACUGCGCAGGAGACAGCCCUUACAAAGCGUCUACUUCUUCACAGGAGAUAAGUACUACAGAGUGAAUCUACAGACCAAGAGAGUUGACACGGCAAACCCUCCAUACCCAAGACCUAUUGGCAAAUACUGGCUCGGCUGUAAAGACACACCUGGAGCAGAAAAGAGAUAAUUUAUACUGUUAAUACUGAUAAUUUCAUACAAGAAAAAUAAGAUGUCUUCGCAAAGGACAAUCAUUUCAUCUCUAAUGCCGUAUUUCUUUUUAUUGUUCAGAUUAUUUGGAGUACUUUUGUCAUGAAAUGUAAUAUACAAGGUGUACACAAAGAAUCACUUGGUGUUCUCAGCAGUUCAAUAUAAAAUCUGGGUUCUGAAGUAGAAACAGUUAAAAACUACUGAUCUAAAUCAUCCGAUUUCAAAUCAAUAACUGUUUGGUCUUAUCUUGGGAACAGGGCAAUGUCUCCGAUAGUCAGCAAAAUCUGUAGGGACAAAGUUCAACCCCUGAUGAACAUUCCUGAUUGGUGAUUUGUAAUCUUUCUUUUUUUUGCAGAACACACCAGAAGAAAUUUUGAGGAACGCUGGUGACCUAACAAUAUUAGCUCUUUGACUUCUGUAUGAACACAAAACUGCUGACACAUUUCUCAAAAUAUCUCCUUUUGUGUUCACCUUUAGAAAGAGUCAAUUGAAUGAGAUUAAGGUGAAUAAAUGAUGAGAAAUGACCGCGUUUGGCAAUAGGUAUUAAAACCUCUAAAUCAAACGCAGUAUUUUUUAAAAAGAGGCAAAAGUUACAACAAUGGAAAUAAUGAGAAUAUAUAAACAAAACAAUUCCCACGUUUGUCCAUUAAUGUGUAGUUAUGUUUAUUAAAUUGCAAACCUUACUUGCAUACUGUAAUCCACCUCCCUUUAAUUAGUAAAGAGUCUUUUCAAUGCUUUUAAAUAAACAUUAUGAAUCUUUUACAUAAA